AUGGAACCUGCAAAUGACUCGCAGUACAUUUCUGUAGCAGAAUUCUACCGAGGAAAGUCUGUUUUCAUAUCCGGCGGAACCGGUUUCCUCGGAAAGGUGUUAGUUGAGAAACUGUUGUACAGUUGCACGGGAAUUGGAAAAGUUUUAUUACUGCUGAGAGACAAAAAUGGGACGAGCGCUGAUGACAGACUAGAAAAGAUGUUAAACAGCCCUCUUAAUCGAAAAGUUAUUAUUGAAGGAGAGUGCUGCAUGUGGAUUCACUCCUUCUCUUACGUGAAAGCUCAAGCGAAACAAUCGGCUAUCAGAGAAUCAAUGCAGUUCUUCCCAUUGCGUUCAUGGAUGAUCAAGUCGGGCCGUGCGCGUGAAUUGUUCACGUCACAAUCCAGCCAAGACCAACAGCUGUUCCCCUGCGAUCCUACCGAAAUCGUGUGGGCACAUUACAUUCCCGCAUACUUCCACGGCAUAAAGACAUUUCUACUCAAUUUAAGAGUGAAC